UAUGUGUCCGUGGGCCUGCUCUGGCGUUCGAUUCCGUACGUACGCACGAAUUGAAUCCUCGGAGAAACUACACGACCCCUGUCUGUCCUGCUCCGAUCUCCUAUCCUAUCCAAGGCCAUUCAUUUCGCGACGCGUGCGAUCUGAUCAAGGCCGCAUGACCUCAGCGCCCAAACGGGGUUAGCGGGACCUAUCCGCUCAAUUACGUGGUCACGACACACGGGCCGGGAGACGCCGGGCGCACGGUGCCGCGGUGGGACAGCACGGAUGCUUCUGUCGAUCGUUACCCUCGCUGACAGCCUUUGCGGCAAUGCUCUCCGCUCGUCUGCAGCGGGUGCAUUCUGCGCGACCCGCGGCGGUGAGCGACUGCAGCCAUGCGAUAGGCCUGCUGCCCGUGCUGGCCCCCUGGCGAUGCGUCAAGAUAUCAUCAUCUGGGUGAAUAGUUCGUGGCGGAUCAGCGGAGAUUGUUUUCUAGGAAGGUCGGGGAAGCUAUUGUAAUACGCCGUGAUCCGAACAAGACACACUCGGCCCCCGGGUGAAUACUUUCUACUGCCCACCACCCGGGAUUCCACGUUGUGCGGCUCAGGGGAUCUAGACGUUUUACGUGGAACAGGAGAGGCCAGGACCAUGGAACUAUGCAAUUAUGUAUUGAAUGCUCCAAUGCGCACUGACGAGCAGCGGCCCGGGCAUCUCCCGGCCUCGCGCACUAAAAUCUCCGCAACAGAUUUUUUGAUUGCGUCGUUAGUGUGUGGGUCCGGCCUCCGCUUUGGGACUGGAACAACUGACACUGGCCACGGGUAAUACUAUCAGCCGGGAAUAUAAGCUGUCCUCCACCCACGGCUGACCGAAUCUGACUUUCGCUCGUCGAAUCCCCGUCUUCGCCCCUCCGGCCAGCCAGCAAGCCAGCCAUGUCUGUGACACACCUCCCUCCGCUGCGCACCCCGUCGGGGUCCGGCCACGACCUGCAUGCCCCGCACAGCCUGCCGCCGCUGGCCAUCGCGAAUAUCAGCCCGCGCAGGAAUGGGUGCGAGGUGUUUCUUCUGCGGCGCUCCCACCCCUUGCUGAUGACGAUGCCACCCCCCACCAGCUCGACGUCGGCGCACAAGAUACAGCUGCCGAGCUUCCAGGCCCUGACGGCGCAGUGCAGCGACCUGCCACCUCUCCAGGCCGGCUCUCCCCGAUCAGCAUCAGCCUCGACCUCGAGUCUCUUCACGAAGGGUCUGCUCCACUCUGGCACACCUCUCACGUCAACUCUUCCCCCGCUGAAAGUGCCCUCACGCCCACUUGACCGGGAGUCGCAGGCCAGGCAUCGAGAGGAGCACGAGACGAUCUUCGACCGCAAGAAACCACGCACGAUCGACCUCGUCGCCCGCUCUCCCCGCCCCUCCUCCGCAUCCGCGUCGUCGGCCUCGCCCUCCGAUCCGUACGCCUUCUCCUACGCGUCCCGGCGACACCCUGCUGCGUCGCACUCCGCGUCGUCCCUCGCCAGCAGCAGCGCCAGCGCCAGCGCGGCGAGCGAGACGAGCGAGCCGCCCGACGAGCAGCCGUUCUACUCCUCGACCUCGUCCUCGUCCUCGGUGUACACCCCGCACCAGCAUCCGCACGCGGCGCCCCGCAUCGCGCUGCCGCCCAUCUCGAUCGGCAUCGGCGCGCAGGAGCGGUACGCGCCGCCGUCACCCCCGCCGGGGCCCGGCCACAUGCAGGCCCGGCCGCGGCUGACGAUCCCGGCGACGCCGUCCUGGUCGCAGCCGUCCGCGCUGACGUCCCCGCGGCCGCCGUCCGCGCACGCGCACGCGGCGCCGCACAUCGCCAUGGGCAGCCCGCACGCGCAGUACCAGGCGUACCCGCCGGGGCUGUCCGCCCUCGGGCUGAGCGCGCCGCCGAAGCUCAAGUUCAACCACGCGAAGGCGGGCGGGCGGACGAAGAAGCAGGCGCUGUCGUGCUACUUCUGCCGCGAGCGCAAGAUUGCGUGUGGGCGCCCGGACGAUCCACAUGGGGAUCAGACCUGCAAGUGCGUCUUUCUGGUGGCGCUCGCUUUGACUUUUUGUGCUGAUUGUUUAUUAUUGUCUGCGCAGCCAAUGCGCGCGCCGGAAGAUCGCGUGCGAGUACCCGACUGUGUCGCACCGCGGGCAGCACUCGCGCAUCCGCAGUGCAGCGCGCAAGUCGACGGGCGGCUUGCAGGACACGCUCAUGACGCCGCCGCCGCCCGAUGUGAUGACGAUGGACAGCCCGCUGUGACGCGUUCCCGGUGUGCUCUGCCACCCACUCUAUGCCGCGAUUCCCCUUGUAUAAAAUCCAGUAGGCCUGACUGCAUAUACCAGCCAACUCAUGUAUCGAUCCAUUCAUCCCCCUGUAAUUGCAUCGCAGCCAUACCACCUCGCUGGUAUAUCUCCCGAGAGAUGUCUAUCUCCGUGUAUCUGGUGUCUCGAUCUCGUUCGAACACGCAGCGGAACUGGGAUCGAAGCUGAUGCUGAUCGUUGCCCAGCGCCAGGCCCCCGAGCUGCCAGAACGCCGUGUCCCCGGGACAUGUAAAGCCCGUGCUGUGCCGCAGGUCGGCCGGGAUCCCGCUGCCGGUUGGUGCCUUUACAGCUGUUGCAGCAGUUAACAGCAGCAGCAGCGGGCAUUGCAUGUCCUCGCUGGUGGAGGAUACUCCGCGUGCAUUCGUCCCGCUCUGUGCUGCUGCUGGUUCCAUCAGGUGGCGCCGCCGGCGCUUGACGGAGUUUCCCCUUCGGGUGGGAGUCCGCUGACGGUUAUUUUUCGCACAUCGGCACACGGGACAAUCUCCGCGUUCGCAUUCAUUUCCGUGCCUUCGGGCUGAUAUCGGGAUCCAGAUUCUCGCGCUCAGAUGUCAGUCAGUCAGUCAGUCAGGCUCUGGCUCUUGCUCCUCCUCCGGCUGCAGUUCCCAUCGCUGCGUAGGGUCCAGCUGGAGCAAGCAUCCAGUCGGAACCUCGUGUGCCUGGAGUUGAGCCAGUGGCGGCUCCCACCUGCCCCCCACCAUGUCGAGAACUGGCGCGCUCCCCACGGGCACAUGCCGCGGGGAAGAUCUAUCUGUCAACGCUCGACAACCCACGGCGUUCCGUUCGGCGUUCCCCCCUCUCGUCCGUGAUCAUCACGAUGUGUCCGUGGUGUUCUCUGCGUUAUAUUAACGGCGUCCAUGCGUGCGAAAACCCGGUCCCGGCCGCCCCCUCUGCUGCUGCUGCUGCACGCUUCGGCUGCAGAGUCGAGAAGCCGCGCGCGCACACACAGAAGUGGGCGCAACGGCGUCGUGGGUGACACCGCUGGUCUUUUGUGAGCUACCCCCCCAUCGAUGUAUGUGCACAAUAUAAUGUAUCUCGAGCACGCACGGGUGAUCUUCGGAGGGGCGGUACUUAUCAACUGGGCGAGCGAUGCCACGGACUGCCUUGCGCUGGGUACGUACGCCGAUGCCUUUCCAGCUCUAGAAUCAUGUGCCAGAGCACACCGACGGGGGGCGAGAAGCUACUGCCCCCGACAACGUCACUGGACCAUCACUGGGUUGGAGAGGCACAGUGCAGUUUCACAUGCCCCGCAGCAGCAAAAACGCCGCUGCUGCGCGGGUAUUCGUGUGAGCCGGAUCCGGGUCCGGGUCCGAGGCGCGGGUGCAGUGCAGUAACAGUGAUCAUCGCAGCAUUGAGUCUGCCGUAAACAGAACAGCGAGUGCAGGUCAGAUACGCUACGAUAAAUACAUAGAUAAUAUAUACUAGACAACCUAAUUCGAUAGAUAAACACGAAAACAAUAAAUCACGAAUUGAAGAGAUAAAUAUCGCGGACACCCCCACUCACGCCACGCCUCUCACGCGUCGACGUCUUCGUCGUCGACAAGCCGCCAGGUGGGCGCAUCGCCCCGCGCACCGGUCGCACGCGGCACAGGCACGCCAGUCGCGCUGUGCGUCGCCGCGCCCGCGGGCACGCGCUUCCACGUCGGAGCCGUGGGCUUCGCAUCCGGGCUGGCUUCCUGGAGAUCAUAGAAAAAUGGGCGAGCGGCAUCAGCCGGCGCGCCCCACGUGGAAUCCAUUUGGAGAAGCGACGCACCGCUGGCUCGGACUCGGCCUCGGCCUCAGCCUCGGCGGGCGCGUGCACCCAGGGCGGGGCGGUCGAUUUCUGUGCCCGGUGUUCCCAUCAGCUCCUGACUGGGGGACGGGCGAGAUGCCGUAAACACGCACCGCGAUUUCCCGGCCCUGGACUGCGUUCGGAAUCGCGUGCGGGUGGACCCACGUCGGCGGCGUCGACUCCUGUCCGAUCGAAUAGCGUUCGUUGUUAGACUGACAUCGAACCCCGGACGGGAAGGGACGAGAAGGCGUGUGGCCCUACGUACCGGCGCGUUGGCGACUUGCUCUACCGGAACAGGCUCGUCGCGCGGAUGGACCCACGUCGGGGGCGUGGAUUCCUGGUCCGGGUGUAUCAGAUUAGACGAGCUGGAUGAGCUGUUGCUGCUGGGCUACGCACAGGGACGGCUCUGUCUUGGACCUUGUUGUCCACUGGGUGGAUCCAGGCGGGAGCGGUGGACUCCUGUCACAGCUUGUCAGUCGAUCCGUGAGCACAGCUCGUGCCCAUCUUGGACUUGCCGGAGAGCCACGGACGAUCUUGCUGGGAGCGCGAUCCUCGCCGCUUUGGACGACAGGAACAGCACAGACGGUGCAGAUGACAGACAGGAAAGCAAUUAGCAUCGAAGAACGCAUUGUGUAAUGUUGGUCGAAAGAGCAAGCAAGAGUGAAACUGGAUGCAGUGAAAGAAGAAC